AUGCUACUAGCAUCAUUACCACUUCUCUACCUUCUGUUCACCAAGCACUUCAAGAAACCCACUUCUUCUCCUUCCUUCCCACUUCCUCCAGGCCCAUACCAGUGGCCAAUCAUAGGCAACAUUUUCCAGCUGGGAACCAAGCCACACAUCACCUUAACCAAGUUUUCCCAAACCUACGGCCCUCUCUUCUCGCUCAAACUUGGCACUCAGCUACUCGUAGUAGCCUCGUCGAAGGCUGCAGCAACUGAAAUACUCAGAACCCACGAUCGAUCCUUAUCAGGCCGGUAUGUCCCUGACAUGUCUCCUCACAAGAGCCUCGAGCUCAACGAGUUCUCGAUAGGAUGGAUUGUCGAGUGCAAUGACAAGUGGAGACAGUUGAGGUCACUAUGCAAAAGAGAGCUUUUUUCGGCCAAGGCAUUGGAGAACAAUUUGUUGGUUCGAGAGGGGAAGGCGAGGGAGAUGGUUGAGUUCAUAAGGAGGAGAGAAGGGAAGGAAGUGAUAGUUAGAGAAGUUGUGACUGCUACUGUUUUCAACAUGUUGAGCUGUGUUCUGGUGUCUAGGGACUUGAUUUCUAUGGAGGGUGGGAGUUGUGAAGGUGGCAUGAUGAGGAUGAGUUCGGUUCUCAACCAGAUUGCUGAACUGGCCACGACUCCAAAUGUGUCCGAUUUUUAUCCAGUGUUGAGCUGGUUCGACCUCCAAGGUUUAAGGAAGAAGGUGAUGGAGUUACACAGGAGUUGUUUCAGGAUUUUGACUGAGGAUAUCAUUGAGGAAAGGAGGAGAAUGGGGAGAGAAGAUAGCUGCAAAGAUUUUCUCGACGUUUUGUUGAAGAAUGGUUCAAGUGAUGAUCAAAUCAAUGUCCUGCUUCUGGAGCUACUGUCAGCUGGAACAGACACCAGCAGCUCAACAAUUGAGUGGAUGAUGGCAGAGCUGAUAAGGAAUCCCAAGUGCAUGAGAAAACUUGAAGAGGAAGUGUCACCUGCAAUGGACCAACAAGAAAUGUUUAUCAAAGAAUCAUGCAUAACACAGCUACCAUAUCUAGAAGCUUGUUUCAAAGAAACCCUUAGGCUGCAUCCUCCAGGGCCAUUCCUGCUCCCACAUCGAGCCAUUGAAUUUUGUCAAGUGAUGAACCAUAGCAUCCCAAAGAACUCUCAGAUUCUGGUGAACUUCUGGGCCAUCGGACGAGACCCAAAGUACUGGGAAGAGCCAUUGAUGUUCAAUCCAGAGAGGUUCUUAAACUACACAUGUCUGGACUUUAAAGGGAAUGACUUUGAGUUCAUACCAUUUGGUUCAGGGAGAAGAAUUUGCCCUGGACUAACCAUGGCUACAAGACAUGUGUCCUUAAUUGUUGCUUCUUUGAUCCAUUUCUUUGAUUGGUCACUUCCACAUGGAAGGAAGAACCCAACUGACAUAGAUAUGAGUGAGAAAUAUGGUUUAACCUUGAGAAAAGAAGAGCCUCUUAUUCUCAUUCCUAGAAGCAAAAACUGA